AUGAAACGGAAUGCCAGUACCGCAAGACUCAAAAAGGAAGAUAAAAGCUCCAAAAAGGCAAAAACCUUGGACAAUACGGCUAAGUUACCCGAAUACCAUGAGACACCAUCAAAGAGGGACAAGGAUGGUGAGAUUAUAUGGCCGGCACCCAAGGACCAGAUAGAAGCCGCCAGGAACUUCAUCCGUGAAUGUGUCGCUGCCUCAAAACCUACCCUCAUCAUUCCAGACAAGGACGCCGACGGCCUCACUUCUGGGGUUAUACUCAGAAAAACGUUGAUAUUACUUGGUUUGAACCCGGAGUUGAUAUCAGCCUACGUGAUGAAGAAAGGUCUCAACGUUCACGAUGAAGAAUCGCGCAGAGAUAUGGCUUCAUACAAACCCUCCUUCAUAUUUGUUCUUGACCAGGGAUCACGAGAAUCACCGCCCCUCAUCGAUGAACCUCAUCGAGCACUGGUAAUCGACCACCAUUACGCAGAAGAAAAGGAUCACCCCAAGGAUGCCACUUUCGUCACGGCUUGCAACAGUCCACCCGUAGCCACCAGCGCUUUACUUACCUACUUGAUCUGUCGCGAUUUACAUCCCGAUGUCGAAGAGGCGUGCGAUUGGCUGUGUGCCAUGGGCGUACAUGGGGAUCUAGGCAAUAAUAUCAAGUGGGAACCUCCAUUCCCUGAUUUUAAAGCCAUGUUCAAAAAAUACACCAAAAAAGGCAUUAACAGUGCGGUGUCUCUCAUCAACGCUCCUAGGCGAACAGCAGAAUAUGAUGUACCUGGAGCAUGGGAAGCGCUAGCAGCAGCCUCGGCUCCCAUAGACAUUAUGGAAAACGAGACACUGCGUGCAGCAAGACAGGAAGUCAACGAGGAAGUCAGGAAUCGUGCUCGGAUACCCCCAGAAUUCUCAUCAGACGGUAGAAUCGCAGUGUUUCGUAUCAGUUCCCAGGCCCAAAUACACCCAGUCAUUGCGACUCGGUGGGCUGGCCACUUGACUUCACCCAAGCUCGAGGUAAUACUCGUUGCUAACCAAGGUUAUCUUCCAGGCAUGGUCAACUUUUCGUGCCGUGUCCCGAAAUGUGCCAAAGGCAGGGACCCCCCUGUCAACAUAAUCGAAAUCCUUCGUAAAGAAGCGUCACGGGCGAAAGACCCAACUUUGAGAAAGCGUUUGGGAGAGUCGUUCGCCCGUGGACACAAGGAGGCAAGUGGUGGUAUAGUCCCCAAAGCCGAGUUUGAAGAGUUUAUGGAAGUGUUACAAGUUCGUAAAAGGGAACCUAUUUCUCCGACACAACCGCAAAAGGGAUCGAACAAGCAAGGAAACACGCUCUUGAAUUAUUUCCAAAGAGGUUAG